GUUGCACUGAGCGGGGAUAACUGAGAGCGGCAGAUCCUGAGACUUCAGUUUUUCUGCCUUGAUCUCUAAACUGUGAUGUGUUGUUUUUUUUUUUUUGAUGAAGGAAGCCAGUUCUGUUUGAAGAGACUGCUUGUAUGGGACUGCUACACCAGCAAAAGUCUUUGCUGUGUUUUUCUGCCAGUUAAGGGAGUGAGCCCAGAGGAAAACCGUUCUCAAUACUACACAUCAUCUGUUGCACAGCUUUGCUUUGACUCUGUGUCUGUCCAUAGCCCUGACUUGUGACAGAAGAAAACCACUCUGACUUUGCUGUCUUGCAAAUUAACUCAGGCUCGAGCUGAGCCAGGUGCAAAUCCCUACUGGAUUAUCAGAGGGAGCUGGGAGAAAAGAGGGAGUGCCAAGUGCAGUCAGGCUAGGAGAUGGAAGCGUGCGUGUGCUGAGAUGAGCUAGAGGAGGAGGUUCUGCAGUAGCCUGGUGUGUUCCCACUUCGCCUUGUUGGCAGCUGGCAAGGGCUGGCUUAAUUUAACGAGAUAAGGAAGGCCUGAAGCACUUGGCUAGAUAAUUUAAAUAGGGAACUUAGUGAAUCAAAAAGAACAUUAAGACUCAGACUGGCCGCGCGUAGAUUUACCCGUCGUGUGGUGCGGAGGACCCCACAGCAUGUGGUUCCUUUGUCUUUCCCCGAAGUAUUGCUGAGACAAACAGCAGCACCUUGGGGUGAGUGACUGUGAGUAGUGGAGGGUGACUUCCCUGGAAACUGAAGCCUGGGGAUGCAGUUUCUCGUGUUCUGGGCCAGAGCAUUUUAGCUAGUGCUGCCAUUCUCAUCUCUGCACACUGCUAUUGUGUGAACAAACAGCAUGAAUGCUGAUCCUGCCAUGCGGUGGGACCAGCUCAGCUAUCUGGGUUAGAACUAACCCAGCCAGACUGCCACUCUUUAACCAGAGGACAGAGGAGUUCUCACGAAAGCAGUGCCAGCUUUGGAUGUGUGCAAGUGAAGCCGUGUCCUCAGGCAAGACUCCCUGCGAAGGGAAUGAAAUGCAGAAAGGGGACCGUAGAAGCAAGUUGACUUUAUAUUCCGAACUUAAGGUGUUGCUAAGGAAGCUUGAAAGAUGUGCUGUGGUGGUGAACGUGCAUAGGAGACGCUGACUUUUUAUGGAAGGUGCCGUGUUUGUCAACAUUUGUCCUUGUGCAGUAACUGGACCACGGCUUCCUUUUCCAACCCGUGGUGCCUACAACCGAUGGGGGGGAAGCUGUCUUUUCUGUAUGAGGCUGGCAGGAGUCUUGGAUCCCGAUCUCUUUAUCAGUGGCGUCAAUAAAAGGACAGUAUUUCUGUGAACUUUGUGUUUGACAGCAACGUCGAUGCUUUGAAGCAAGUGCAUGUGUACACCAGACAGGGGGAGAGGGCUCACGUCUGAGUCGCUGCCUGGGGAGCUGGAGAACAGGGUGGGGAAAGAUGCAUGUUGGAAAGUACUUCUUAUGUGCUUCCUUGUCAUCUAGAGGUUUGCUGACAAGUGUUGCAGUUGGUUAUGGGGCAGUACAGAGAAGCUGAACUCGAGUCUCCAACUGUGAGUACAGCAGUGAGAGGCCUCUGAAAAAAAGAAGGGGAAAUUGAAAACAGAGCUAAUGUAAGCAAAGUCUGUUGGUGCGGGGUGGAAAUUAAUCACAGGCCGUCAGAAUCUCAGACUCUGUAAUGUUGUAUCUUGUGAAACUGGACUAAUUAACUCCUCCUUGGGAAUGUCUUUGAUGCCUUAAAGGAGAUGGGCUCCAUAAUCUGUAGUUGUUUUACCAUUUCUCAAACAUUUGGGGCUACGUAGAGUGUUUUCAUUACGAGAGGCACAUUUAUGUGGCUGUAGUUAUGGCUGUUAGCAAUUCCAUUAAUGUGAUAUUCAGAAUUUCAUAAAUCACUGUGAACAGGUUUGGCUGAUGCUUAAAUUUCAUGACUUGUUCUGAAGAGAUUGUCUCGCCGUGCUGAAUUAUACAAAUAGGCCCAGGACUGGUAAAGCCUCUGUCUCACGCGUGACAAAUUCAAGCUAGCUGAGUUGUGAUAAACCUUCAGCACAAUUGGAAAUAAAUGAUUCGUUUCCAUUUUGUUUGCUUUAAUCUGUAGUUCAGGAUGAGUGUGUAGCUGAUAUAAAUUAAAAAAAAGGUAGAAAGUGGUUCUGCAGGGCAUAGGAAUACCCACUGCGGGGCCCUGAGUGGAGACGGAGGAGGGUGGACCUUACUGCUGUUCCUUGGUGCCAUCGGGCCGUUCUGAGCUGGGUGUGCAGGUGAGACCUGCAGGCUCUGCUUGCACUGAUUGCUGAGCCAGGCAGGCUUGUUGUAGUUAACGUGAGGAUUUAAACCCUGGGAAGUGACGUAGACUGAACUCCACUGAGCAGUAACCGUGUUUUGUGGGUGUGUUCUUGCAUCAAAUGAAGCUCAUGUUCCUGUGAAGUAAUAAAAUGAAGUUUUGCCAUAAACCUUAUUUUCUUGCAGCGGUUUGGUUUCGUUUUAAUUUUAAAAGCGAUGGAUGUGAGGGUAGAGGGAAGGGUUGUAGCAGCUUGUUUUGGAGCCUGUGUUAUUAGGAGAAGCCUCCCCAGCUGAUGAGUUCAAUAACUCUGAACUGCACACUAACAGUGCUCUCUGUUCCGUAGCGUUGCUGGGAUAGAGCUCGCUGUGGUUUAAGCUGUGACAGCAUACAAGAUUGGAGGUGUUGCAUAUUGCAUAAAUAAGGGUGGAAAUCUUGUGUUAGACACUCUGUACGAAGGUGGCAUUUAAAAAAAACACAGAUCUGUCAACAGAACAGGUAGGACUUAAAUUGCUUCACUAGAUCAAACCAAAUUAAUGUCCUUCUGGUAGUGCUCGUUGAUGUAGCUGUGUAACCAGAGAGUUAAAUCUUGUCUCUGCUGAACUUUACAAAGCCAUACAGCUUGUGAAUUUGUGAUAAUGGGAGGAAUGAAGGCCUGGUGAAUGACUCUUUAAGCUAUUAAUCAUGAGACUGGCAACAUCAUUGUCUUUAUUACAUUCAUAAUUUAAAAAUCCUAUCAUGGAGGAGGAAACACGGAUGCUUGUUAAAUAUAUUAUUUCACUGGGAAGUGCUAAGAAAUCAGAUCAUUAAAGUACAAAAUCAUAAGAGAUGCUAGAACCUUGCCAGGAACAAUAAUUACUAUUUAUAUGCAAUAGGCACUGGGAGGGAAAGAGAUGGGUCUGGUUUGCCUGAGCCUGAACCUAAUGGGUUUUACAAGUAACCAACUAGAAGGAUUUGGGGAUUGAAUUUAGUUUUCAGAGUGUGUAAUAUGACAAACUGUAGAAGUAGAUCUGUUGCAAACUGAGUAAAAUAUCUUGAAAUAAACUGACUUGUUUUCUCUGCACACCAGUAAGGGACGUGUGCGAAGCAGCUCCUGCUCCUGCCCGACGUUCCGGUGAGUUCUUAAUUGUUGUGUUUGACCGCAGCUUUGCUGGUAACUCAUCUCCCUAACAGUGCUUUCCUGAGGCUCCAGACCUUACCUAAUGCUUCCUUCCAGGCAGCUUUGGGAAGCAGCUGGGAGGAAAGGGGAUGGAGAACCUGCGCUGCGUUGUGUUAAAUGUGUCACGGAGCGAAGGGCGGGAGGGAAACUGAGCUUUAAAUAAGAUGUGUUUAACUGGUUAAUGUAGGUCAGGUCAUGUUUAUGGUAUAUGAGCUUGAUACAGACAAGGAGCUGCCUUGGUUAUGGAAACCUUUGGGAUUAGCAAGAGAGAAACCUGGGGAAGAGAUGCCUUCUGCAGGGCCCACUGCCGUGCUGCGCGCGCAGGGAGGUGUCUUGCUUCGAGUCCGUGCAUUUUAGGUCAACAGAAUGCAGGCGGCAACUGCAGCUGAAGAGGAAACUCCCAGCACAGCAUUCAGCUGAGCAUCACGCUUGUUCAGGACGGUUGCGGCUUGACAAUUUAUCCUCAGCAUCUCUGACAGCUCCAGCCUAUUGAGAAGCAGACAGGCGUGCUCCUGCUCCGCUGCCAGCACUGCCUGCAGGCUCGUACAGACGGUGCCGAUUCCAGCUCACCUUUCAGCUGCCGGCUUCCUUGGCUCUUCUGUUUUGUUUGUUGUGAAACAAAGAAGUCUGGGCUGCAGAGAAGUUUCAAAGCGUACCUUCAGUGAGCAUAUCCCUGUCUUGUUUGGGAGCCCCGACUUUGUAGAUCUGCUUUCUCAGUUUUGCAUGCUCGAAUGCUGCUGCUUCUCACGCAAUUAGUAUAAGGCAAUCCUUAAAUGCUGCUAUGGAAGGGCAGAGAGCAGGCUUCAGGGCUUCAUUUUUGGCAGCGUUUGGGGUUUUGUCCUCCGCUGGAUCGCACUUCAGAUGAAUGGUUUUUUUCCCACUUUAGAGCCUAAAUGUAGCUAAGAAGUUUUUCAAAAGCUUUGGGCUAAUGAAACGCACCGCCUUAGAUUUACGGCCACCUCGCGUUCAGCGAGACGCCCGGUUGUCGCUAGGCGGGAUGCCUCCAUUUUUCGAGGGCCGUACUUGGAGACGAUCGCGGAGGGAUCACACCCUGUCGGCUCCCCGGGCCGCCGUUCGAUUGCUUUACCAGAUCGUUUUACAUCGGAGCGCGCGGAUGCCGCGGAGGCUCCCGGCGGGGCUGCCGCCCUUCCCUGCAUCCCGCGGGGCUCCCGGCUGCGGGCUGAGCCCUCCGCUCGCCCCGGCUGCCGUGCGGCCGCCAGAUGUCACGCACGCACCGUCCCAGCCGGCGGCUCCCCGAGCCCAGGCGCUGUGCCUGCUGGCUGCGCGUCCCCUGCCACGUUGGUUGCUCUCUCGCACGUUUCCCAGCGAAAUCUGCACCGCACUCGCAAAAGGAAUGUGUGUGUUAAACUAAACGCCUCCCUCCCAUCCGCCCUCCAUCAAAUCCGCUGAAAAUCCUCCUGUAUCAAACAUGUAAGUGUUUGGCUCCGCCGCCAUGGCUCCGGAGUCCCAUCAAUUUUACAAAUUGACCGAAGCAUUUUUUGGUAGAGGAGUCUUGCAUUCCAGAAGUCUUUAGUCUGAUCAAACUGCUGCCUUGCUAUAGAUCACGACUGUUAUUUUUAUAGCUCUGUAUUACCAUGGCAAAUGCUGGUGGUAGAGGGGGGGGAGAAACCACAUCAGUAGCUACUUCUGUCUGAUUUGUGGUCGCAUGCUCACAACUUGACAUGGUUUUGCAAAUAACAAAACCAGGAAUUCGUUUAGGGGGGAAAAAGAAAGGGGGUGGAAAUGCCCCAAAAAUCUGCUGCAUCGAAUGUCUUGUGCGGAGAGUCUGACUUGCUCACGCUUUGGGUCUUUUAAUGGAAAAGGGUUCUGGGCAGGGAUGGGAAGCAGUUGCCCGCCGUGAGGCUGCGCUGUGGCUGUUGGCCGCUGCUGAGUGCUGUGACAGCCCCCGGGCCAUGAAGGUUUUGGAGCUCUGAUUUAAUUGCCGGUGUCUGCUCGGGCUUCAGCCUAAAGUUAGUAACGUUCAGGGCUGCUUUUUCUCUAUAAUACCUUUAUAAAUUCCUGUAUAAUCUGAUCUCUAAUUUUAAAGCCAUCUGUCAUUUUUUGAGCCGUGUAGUUUCUAGCUUUAAAAGAUCCUGCUGAAGGAAAAUUUAAAUUCAAGGCCCACUGGAAACGCGUUUUUCUUUAAAUUAUUUAUCAGUAAAAAUGUCUUUGAAUGUGUGCGUCUGUAGCUGAUGAGAGUGGGAGCACGGAUGGGUUGGGAUUGGAUGGCUUGUGUUGGGUUGGGAUGGGAUGGGAUGGCAGGGUUAGCGCUGGCAACAGAGCCCAGGACAGCAGUGGGACCUGGCUGUACCCUCACCCCACUGUCAGAGGCCCUCCGGGAUGUCCCCUGCCUGGCACAUGCCGUCCUGCUCCUCUUCACUAGGUGGCAUUGCUUCCUAGUCUAAAAGUUUCCAAAUACUUCAUUAAUUAUGCUAAUCCACGCAGUGGGCAGAAAGUGAACUGCACUGCGACGGCUUUGCCCUUGGAUCCUUUCUAUCCCAUCUCCUUCGCAGGUGGGAUUUCUCGGGUUGGCAGAGGUCUGCAGCAUCCUCACCCCAGCUGUGGGAGCUCUGGGGCUGGGGAAGGCUUUGGCUUGGAAGAUUUCAGUAGCACGUUGGGACGAUGCAGCAUGCUCUGACCUUGCUGUCCAUAGCCAGCUCUGCUCUGUGGUCCCAAACACAUAGGUUAGUGCUCUCCUGAGUUAUUCUUCACUACGAUGCCUGAGAGAACUCUGUGGGGUGGCUGCAGAGAGGGAAAGCCCUGCUGUGCUCAGGCAGGUGUUGGCGUGAGGACCCUUUCUGACCCUUGGCCAACCGAGGGCAGCAGGAGAGCCAGGCUCAGGGCUGCUGGGUUGGCCGUGUGUUUCCCAGGUAGCCCCGUUGUUCUGCAUUCUUCAGCCCUUCCCUGCUCCUUUCUCUCCCUCCUCCUUGCCUUAAUGAUACAUCAGUCAAUUAAGGGCUGAAGCAUGGUGGAUUUAAGAUGCCUAUCUGUUGCCAGCAGGAAUUAAUUGGAGCCUUUGGUAGGCUUUAAAGCAAGGAGAGGAAUUUUGGCUUCAGGGGCCCAUUUUAGUACCAGGAAUACUCGGUCUGCCCAUAGAAUGCAUCACAAGGGAACACAGCGUGGCCUCUGACAGCAGGGCGGGGAUGCCAGCUCCAUACCUUCCACCCGGCCUUACCGGCUGCUUCUCAGCCUGAGAUUCUGAUGCUCAGACAUUGCUCUGCUGGAAAGAUGAGACAAAGUAGGUUUGGAACAUGACUUCUCAUGAACGAGCAAGAUAAAAAUAAAUGUAAAUUGAAGAUCCUGUUUCUCAUGUGUAUUUUAUUAAAACCUACAGAGUUGUUCAUUCUUGCUGUGUAGUAUAAUUGCUAAAAUAUGAUUUGUAACCAAAUAUAGCUGCUUGCAUUAAAUAUGGCACUGCUUCAUACUGGGGAGGACGAUACGGUGAAGGAGCGCUCAUUUACACAACGACAAAGCUCCAUUUUUGAAUGCAAAACCUUCACUCUUUCACUUUCAAAGAAGGGAGCGUAGCAUUGAGAUGUUGUUUAACCUGAAUGUUGUUGAGCGGCUGUUGGAUGAAGAUUGGCGUGCAAUUAAAAUAUAGAGAAUCCUUUAGAAUCUGUCUAAAUCCAGAAAUGAAGCUUGUCAAAGCGCGUUCUGCAUUUCUGAGUGGUUGAGGAGGAGGCAAUGGACGCGGCAGGUCCUGGGCUCAGUGGGGCGCGCUGUGUCGGGGGACUCCAGAGCUGUGAAUGGGGUUUCCAGAGGAUCUCAUGGGAGACCAGAGGUGUGCAUUUACUGGUUUGGUACAUGGAGAGUGGCGGUGUGAGGAGAUGAGCUUUCUGCGUGGCAAAGUGUGCAAAUACUUGCGUUAAAGUAUAUACCUUCAUUCUUUGUUCCAGUCCAGAGGCUGACGCUGACUGCGAGCUGUAUGUUAAAGUUAAGGAUGCUUGCUUGCUUUCUGAUUAUGCAGCCCAUUAAAAACCCCACAUCCCUGACACCGUGAAGGCUGAAGUGAAGGCAGCGUAUCUCAGUUUGUGUAGGUAAUAGAUUAUUACACCUGGGUUUUUGCUUCGGUGCGUUCUGUCGCAUUCAUAGUCAGAAGCAAGUUAUUUAAAAUAAAAAAAAUGACAUGUGGAUGUUGGAUUCAAAUGAGCUCGUUAGCCUUUUGUUCUUUAGAAGAACUGACUGCUGGUGGUGACCCGAGAGGAGGCUGCGAGCCGUCGCUGUUGUGCUGUGCAUGGCACAAUUCCCGAGCUCUCCUUGCUUCUGCCUUAAAUAUUUGCUGGCCGAAGCUCGAUGCUGAUUAGCAAGUCAGCGUGUUGUGGCAGUCCUCGAGUGCAGGAAAAUGCCUUUUCAAACCUCUGGUGUUUCCCAGGGACUUCAAGAGCGAGUCUCAUGUCCGUAUCUUUAAUUCCUGAGGACCCCUCUUGUGAGAGCCAGAUAGAAGCUGUCGGAGAGAUGUGUCUAAAAAUCAAUAGUCCUGGAAAAGAGUAAACAAGUUCCCUCUGAUCUGAGAUGAAUGUCUUGCAGGGCCCUGGGGAGCCCCGUCCGACCGCCCCCACCGCCGCCCCGGUGCCGCAGCUCUCAUCUGGGGGCAGAGAACGAUUGCGUUUAAUUUGGAGCGCUUUGAGGGAGCGAUAACUCUUCCAUUGGAGCUUUUUGGGUCAUCGGGUAGUCUUACAUAAUUGCAACCUUAGCUAAACAAAAGCGUUGCCUUUGGUGAGGUGUCUCGGAAGCCACGCUUCUCAAAGCUCGUUCAACAAAAUGCUUGAAGGUUUUUAUUCCUGUCCCAAAGGUGGGAAAAGAACGACUUCAGAAUGUCACAAGCGCCGCUGCCUGAUGAGCUGAGGUCACCCACCAGCGGCGGAUGCCGUAACAAGUGUUUGCACGGCUGCCUUUUGAAAUAGGUGUGCAGUGCUCAGGCUGCUGAACAAAGAGCGUGCCGUUCGGAAGCGGAGAAGCAGCGGUGGGGAGCAGGAAUCCUUGGGCUGCUCCUCCUCCUUUCUUCCGCAAUUGAUUUUGGUUGUUUUAGGAUCUUGCGGUGUAAACAAUGCUAAUGAAUAGGAGAAAGUUGCUGGGUAGAGUUUAUAAUCUGGUAUAUGUAUAUGUAGGCUUUGGUGGCUUCUUGCAGCAGAGGUGUGCUGUGGCCAUGGGAUGCUGCCUGGGUCCGGGUCCUGCCCACAGCCCUGUGCAGUGCGGAGGGGCUGCCCAUGCCUCUCUCUGGCCCCUAAUGUGCUGUUUUCUCCUGGCAGCUGUGCUUUUGCCUUCCUGCUUUGUGAACCGAAGGCUGGGCGACCUCCCAUCCCCCUGGCAAAGCUCGUGCUUCGUCCUGCCCACGUUGUUCUCUCAAAAAUGCGAUCCUGAGAGAUGGGGGGGGUCCAUCCCACGGAACGCCUGAGUGCUGCAGGGCCGCCUCGCAGAGCGUUUGCGUUUGGCCUUCAGUUCAGUCGGUUCCUCGCUGUGGUCAGGAGUCCCGUCUGUGGUGCAGCUUUCUGCCGGCACUGUGUGCAGCUGUGCUGAUGGUGCUCUCACAGCGAUGCCCUCCUCCAACCCUCCGCCCCACCGUGCAGGUGCAGCCCGGCGCCGUGUGGGUCACGGAGCCAUCCUGGGGCCAUCCGUGUGCCACCAGCACGACAGGAGGCACCUCCGGGCCUGGCUGCCUCAGCAGGAACCUCCGCAGGCUGCAGCAGGCGUCCGAGGGGGUCCGUAAUGCUUUGCAGGCCGAUUUUCUCUCUGUUAUUGUUUCAAACUCCCCGUUAGCCGUUCCCGCUUCCCAGGUUUCCGUGUGUUUCAAAUUAUUUUCCCCAGAGGCAUCGGCGGCAUUUUUCCAAAUUGAAUCUCAUUUAUUUUCUACCCAGGUUUCCAAUCUCUCUGGGGCCCUUUGUGUUAUUUCGCAGUCCGCGCUGCUGCGUACAAUAUAUCCUCAUUUAGUGUCGUCUGUGAAUUAUAUUAACGUGCCCUUUAGUUCCUCCUGUACUUAAUGAAGAUAUUUCCAGCAUAAAAAAAAAAAAAGAAAAAGAAACCCUCUCCAAACUGUGUUUUAUUAAAACACAAAGGUAGAGGCUUGAAAACUCCUCCGUGGGUUCCCAAUGUGAAUUGUGCUGGGAGAGAAAAAUAAUGACAUUUUCGGGGUUUUUUUUUUUUUGUUAAGGAGAAAUUAAAACCUUCCAAAGCUGGAAGUUGGUGGGGAUGGCAGCAAUUGGUAGCGCAGUGAGCGCCGUGUGGCUGCGGUGAGCCCUGCCUGCUGCGGCCCCUGGGGGCGAUGGGGACACGGCCUGCCUUUCUGCAGCCCCGUGUUGGAGUUCCUGCACACAUUUGUUCGCCUUCCCUCCGUGACCUCUUUGGGUUUGCCCUCUGUGGCUGCUCCGGCAAACAUGUACCCUGGCACGAGCGGUGCUGAAGCAGCAUGUUUUAAUGCAAACGGUGCCGGCUUAUUCAUAGGAAGCGACUUUCAAACUCAUAAUCGGGAAUAUUUGCACGGUAAGGAUGAUUCUGUUGUGAGCUUUUAUUUAUAAGCUGAGCAGCAGUGCCUGGUGGUGCCUCCGUGUCAGGGAGUGUCCUAGCAGAGCAGCUCCCGUUUCUGGCUGUGCAGGGGGAGCAGCGCUGGCGGCGGGCAGCUUGCUGGGGAUACGGCUGCUGAAAUAAUGGCUGCAUAAUUUCUAGCAAGGAGAAAUUUCACGGAGGCCACAGUCUGCUUGUGAACAGAAAUAAGGUGUGAAUGGGAUGAAUAAAUUGUUCUCUGCAAAUGGUUUGCGAGCUCAGGACUUUCUGAGAAGCACUGCUGUGUUUCCUCUGUGUGCUGCUGCUCAGCUCCUGCGUGCAAAUGGGCGCUGGGGAGAGCUGCCCCAAGUGCCUCUCUUCCACUGCAUGCUGUCUGUUGGCCCUCAAACCGAGGGCUGCGCCGCCUGCGUCUCUCUGUCCCCUUUCUGUCGGUAUUGCCAUCUUUCAGCAUCACAACGGGAGCCUUUUCCCUGCAGAUGGAAGGGUUUCCCCAUCCCUGGGCUGCGGCAUGGGGCUGUUCCAGGGACGUCCCUGUUGGCUCUCAGGGUGAGUUGGGGGCACUGUGGGUGCUGCCGCGUUGGUGUGCAGCAGCUGUAGGAAAUUAGAGGAGCUGUGGGGCUGUUCUGGGAAAUACCAGGGGAGAUCCUCGAGGUUUCCAGAGCCCGGCAUCCCACAGACAGAACCGCAGCGUCCAGCAGGAGCGGUGCCGUUGGCAAUACCGGGAGCAGUGAUGGGCUCAGUGCUCAGGAACUGCCAGGUAGGUCCUCGCUUGUCACUGCCUGAGGGCCGGGUUGGUGGCAGGGCUGUGGGGCACUGCCUGCCCACUCCCACACCAGAGAUGCAGCACAGCUGCUGCAACGCCUCGCAGGAUUUCAGAGGCAAUAAAGAUGAAGGCUUGCCCUCUUCAGCAUUACUCUGUGGAAACUUGAGGCCCUCAGGACUUGCUCCAUCUGUUUCUGGCUCGUACCCACAGAGAGGUGCCUGGCUUAUAGAAUACCUGCUCCUCUCAUGAACGGGGGCACAGUUCCCUUUGGUUUCACCUGAGCAGAUGAGAGCCUGAUUGCUCGUCCCCAGGUGCAGCUUCCCAUCUUUCAUGGAACUAAAACCUUCCAGAAAGAGUGUCUAAAAGCCACAUCACGUGAAGCGGUAAUGUUUGCACUGGGACUCGUACAUUAGCACAUGCAGAUGUGGAAAAAGCUGGGCCCAGCGAUCAGCUUAGCAGCCUCAGGUCUGAUGAAGCUGUGCUUCGUUUGUUCUGCCUGAAGGCUGGAUCCACCCCUUGCCACCCAAACCGCCUUUCCUUUAAGUCUUUGUCACGAAGGCUUCAACUCCGGCGGUAUCAUGUCCCGUGUGCCCCAUGGGCCUGCCUGCAGCCUGCAGCCACCCCAGCACGGGGUGAAUUCCCUGUGCUGCUUUAGCUCGUCCCCCAUUUUGAAGCAGCCCCAGCCCUGGGGACUCUGUGGGGAAACGUCUCCCUAUGAGGUGCACGGCCUGCGGUCACCGCAAGCUGCGGUGUACCAUCGAGGCCCUCUGCUCGGUGUGGGCCGGGCCCAUCCUCGGGUGUCCCCCAGGGACAGAUCUGGACCUGCGUUGUUCUGCGCCUUGGGCCAAAAACUGUAUUCUGACCCAACGUCCUUCCUCCCCUUUAUCAAUAAUUUUAAUCAUUUUAAUAACGUCCCCUCGCACGGCUAGGAUUACAAUUAGGGAAUGUCAGAGCCUUGUUAUCAUCUAAUUAGAGUCACAUUUCAGCCAAAGAGAAAGGCAGAUCUUCAGGCACGGCCUCGUGCGGUGCAAUGGGAAGGGCGCGGUGAUGCAAACCAGCUGCAGGCCGGGCCGUGGGGCACGGGGCAGGCCGGGCACUGGGCGCCACCUGCAGCCCUCUGAAGCCAUGGGUGCAAAGUGCUCCUGGGCGACUCUGGCGUGGCGGAGAGCUGUGGUGCGUUCCGUCACAAACAGUGCUGCUGUCCGGCCCCAGCAGCACAGGAGGUCAGUGUAGCAACGCAGCCCAAACCAAAAUAAACACCGCUUUGCACUGCCAGAAUGCCUUUAUCGCUCUGUGGGGGGAGAGGGAGACAUUUUGGGGCUGGGAGGGACUGCCAUUCCCCUCCACGAGCUGCGAUGGGCAGAAAUGGAGGAGGAGGAGGAGGAGGAGGAGGAGAAGGGCUGGGCUUCUUUUUUCCCAGAUCAGUGUAAUCCAAAUGCUUUCCAGAGCUGGGGGAAAGAGAGCGGGGUUUCUUUAAUCGAAAUGAAAACCAUCUCUGAUUUCCUUUUAAAGCACACUGAAACGUUUCAUUCGACCUGAUGCGAAGCGUUGCGUUUCAUUUUGCGUUUUAAUUAAUUUUGUGAUCCUUUCAUUAAGCUAAUUUCAAAGGAGAAAUGUUUCUCUUAAAACUGGAAGUCAGAACAUUUUGAAGAUCAUCUCUGCCUCCAAAACGCCGCUUUAAAGCAUCGGCUGCUCUGCUCUGUCUGGAAACCCAGGUUAAUCCCUGCCUUUGCAGAGUCUCCAAAUGCUUUGGGAGUUAAAACUAAAGAAAGGGCCUCGUUCCUCAGCGACUGCUGCCUGUGAUCCUGGGAUGAAAGGAGACCGUCUCACCUCAGCCCUCCCCGCUGCUGGAAGCACUCAGGUGCUGGGAGGCAGAGAGGCAGCCCCGGGUUGGCGCUGGGGUUCAGCACGGAGCACAGAGGGGCUUCCUGCUGCAGGGCUGAGUGUGUGCAGAGCGGGGUUUUGUUCCCACCUCUUGCUCGGCUGCUGUGUGCGUAGCGUGAGCACAAGCAGGGAGCUUUGGCUCCUGUCUGCAUCUGCACUGAGCACUGCUGGCACCGUGGGCGCUCGAGACCCUGUGACGAUUUCCCAGUUUUUAUGCUUUUCACGCUUUGCUUUUUUCAGUCAAUUAAAGAAAACAAUGAGGGGUUUGAAGGUAUACAAAUGUUUACAUGAUACUGUGGCCAGUAAAUCCCACUCUGUGGUCCCACGGGUUUCCCUGAGCCAUCUGGGCACAUCUGAGCUCAAAGCAUUCCUAUAGGUAGAGGCGAAACAAAAUUGGAAGAAAAGCAUUACGAUUUCACCAGGCUGCACCGUGGCCUCAGGAGAUGGGUGCUUGGCUGCUGCUCUUCUGCUUUGUCUCGGCACCCAGAAAUCACUGACACCAGUGCGAAGGGGCCUUCAGCCUUUGCUGAGCCUUAAAUGACCUCGUGUGUCUGCUGGGGCACAGCACGACUGUAGCAUAAGGGCCCCCUGCCCCGUGCUGGCAGGCUCCACCAGAUCCAACCUCCAGCUCCACAGUGCCCAUAAUUCCCAGUUAAAAGGCUGUGGGUGAUGGCAAGAAGCUGCUGUGCUGUGCUGGGGAGGAGAGCUGGCUGACACUGAACCCAUUGGAUGAAGCAGGACUGCGUGGGACUCAAAUAAUUUUGGAACUUAGCAGCACCUUUGCUCCCAGAACGAAAACUGGCAAGGUAGGCUGUUGCUUUUUCUUGAUCCCUCGUUGGUGCUUUAUGUACACAAAGUUUGGGUUAUAACAGGAUGGCUGGGUGUCAGUCCAACCAUGGGGUCACAGGGAGGCAGCGGUGGAGCACUGGCACUGUUGUACACUGAUCUCCUGGGGUACUCCUUAUGCUGGCUCCCUCCUCUCCACGCUGAAUGUGGGGCUCCGUGCUCUGGUCUCAGCAACCUGCAUCCAGCCUGAUGUGCUUUGGUGAGACCUAAACUGCAGUGAGGCUCAAACUGCAGUGCUCGGCAGACAGCUGCAAUUCCUGUCCUGCUGUCCCCGGUUCCUGGGAACUCUCCUGGCAGGCAGGCAGGCAGGCAGGCAGGCAGCAAUCUCUGAGUCAUGCCAAAGGAAGCCAGCCCCACUUCAGCCCAGCAGCAUAUUUGGACUGCUAAGAGGCUGGCACGGGAGCUGAGAGGUCCCUGUGCCUGUGCCAGGCUGCACGCUCUGUUUCCCCGCUGCACGGCGCUCCUGCUUGCUGCCAUCGCCUUGGGGUGAACGCACAGUGCCGGGGGCACGCUUGCUUGCACCCUGCCUGGGAUGGGAUGAGGUGGGGGCUGCUCCCAGCCCCGCUUUCCCCAUAGGGCUGGACUCGGCCCCACUCCUUCAUAGCCCAGCCCCAUGUGGCCCUCGUUCUGCUGCACAUCAAUUUUGUGUCUGGAUGUUGGGCUUUGUUUGCCUGGAAAGCCGGGUAGCUUCACAGCAGUGUGAGCUGGGCACCCAGACACGUGGGUGAGGUGGGGAAUUGCAUCCGCUCACGCCUACAUCUGCGCAUACACGCCUCUACGUGCUCAGAAAUGCCAGCCUUUAUCAGCUGCUCCUACUGCUGGAGCUGCCUGGUUAAUUUAUCAGCAGAGAGGCUCCGAGUCGCUAAAAGUCUCAUUUCCAUAUCCUUUCCAGAUGGUCAAGAUGCCACCGAGACAGCUGGGAAGUAAAUAACUUCUUUGCACAGCUGACCAGCGGCCUCUCCAAUGGCUGCAGAGCCUGUGCCGGUUGGGGACGCGCACGGAGCUGCACGGAUAAUGGCACCGGGUCGGCCCCUCAUCGAGUGGUGGAGGCACGGGGUGAGGCUGUGAGGGAUGCACAGAGCAGGGCCGAGAGAUGGAGGCACGGGGUGAGGUUGAGCGAUGGAGGCACGGGGUGAGGCUCAGCUCCCGCGCAGAGCCGCUCUCUUCCACCACGAGUUUAAACCAAAAGGUUAAAAGCAUCUAAUUAUGCUGAUGCUUUCCCCCCUGGAUUAAACAAGAGGAUAAAUAGAGUACAGCGUGUUUCCUUGGGUUUGAUUUUGUCUCUGAACCAGGCGGAGGAUCCCUGGCAGCUGUCACGUUCUGUGUUUGAUGGUGUCAGCGCUGCUGUUCGGAGGUGUUCCUCUCGCUGCUGUCAGCAUUUUCCGGGGGAGGAUGAAUGCAUCCAUACAGUCUGUUUGCUGUCCACAUAUUCACAGUUCAUGUGUUACAUUUUACAUAAAGUAAACUUAGCAAGGGGAAAACUAAUUCUGCAAUUCUUCAAAGCUAAUGCAGAGUAAAUAUAUUCUGACACUGACAGGUAUUUCUUAUUAAACAGCUCUGAACGGCGGCACUAGGUUUUGCUUAAGUGGCAUUAUUCUCCCCGAGCAAAGACAGUUCAUUUAUUAGUCAUUCUGAAAACCAAAUAACAAAUAUUAUUCUCCAAGCAAACUAAACAAACCAUUUAAAAGGGGUCUGUCUGAAGUGAUUAAAGUACAGUGUCUGAAAAGCAGCUGACACUUCAGUGCCAAAAUGCCAUAUGGAGACUCAACCGCAUUAUUGGUGCGCCCCGACCCGAGCUGCAAACCCCGCUGACACCUCGGGGCGGCCCUCCCGUGCACGGGGCGAAGCUUUCUGCCUCUCCUUAGGAUGUCAUUUUGGCAGCACGGUGCAGUAAUUGCAGGGCUGGAUGCGAGCGGAGCUCUCGAGUUCUGCCAGAGAUACGCUGUGAAAUGAUGCAGCGAAGCCAAACGCUUGGGCUUUCCAUUUGCACCAUAAAAAAUAAAUAUAUAGCGUUUGCCUUGCCUUCUUACAGCACUCCCCUUCUCUUAACUAAAUAUUUCCUUUCUUCUGAGCGUCAGACGUUAUUUCUAGCUUUCGGGCAUGCAAAAGAAAGGAGUGCGUGCACUUGUCGCUGUUUAUUUACGGUCUGCGUGGGGCUGUGCUCCUGUGCCGGUGGAUCCCCAGCUCAGCAAGGAGGAAUGCUGCUGUGAACAGCACAGUCCUGCGGGGCUCCCACUCCUGGAGGAGCCGUGGGUGAGGGAGACGGAGCGGGAUGGUGCAGGCAGGGUGAGGGCUGGGGGCCAGCUGGUCCCAGCAUGGCCGGUGCGAGUGAUGCUGCAUCAGCCCUGGGUUCUCCUUUUGCUUUAAACGCUUUCACGAUUCAUCAGAUAGUGCGAGCAAAUAAAUAGGUUUUAGCCCGGGGUUGGUUGGAAAUGUGUCCUCUCUUGCUGGCUCUGAAGCGGGGCAGAUCCAGUUGGCAAGGAUGGAUAUAAUGUAGGAGUGAUGCGGGGAAUUUAAUAAAGGCAAGCAGGUACUGAGCUCCAUGCCUUAUUAGCUUGCUUCUCUGGGAUUAGGGCUGGGCAAAUGAGCAGGGAUGGGUCCGGCUCUGCUUUCCUUCGUGUCGUCCCAGUGGCAGCAGAUUACUCGACGCUGGGGAUUAGCUGAUGCCAUUACACUGCUGGGUAGUGGUGGAUGUGCUGAUGUCAUUCCGGGUGUGCAGCUGUGAGCAGGUCCUCCUCUCACCAGUGCCCUACAAGGAGCCCUUCCCUGCCUGCAGCCAGCCCUGGAACCUAUGGGACGUGCUCUAAGUGCCUCUCCGGGCAGACGGAGUUGUUCGAUGCGGUGCUUUAAAUAGCUCCUCCUUGGAGAGAGGGUCAGCAGGCGGGCGGGCACCGCGCUCUGCAGUGCUGCCAACGGUAGAUGCAUGUUGUGCUUUCAAAGGCGCUGCUGCAGGCAGGGAACGAGAAGGCGAGUGCGUUCCUACAGCUCCGUUCCCACUGUAACACCCAUCCACGUCCCUGGGGCAGCCGGGGAUUCGCUGCCACCCCGGGCACAGCUCUCCCUGCCUCCGGCAGGGCAGGAGGGCAGUGGGGUUGGAGAGGGAGCAGCUCCUUUCAUCUGACAUCCAGACCUAGGGCUGCUAAUGAGGAGUCCGGGCUGUGGUUCCUAUGGCAACUUGUGUUCCCGAAGAUACAAAACAAAGGGCCAGAAGGGCCCAUCCUGCUCCCUGCACCGCUCCUGCCUGGUGUGCCGUGCUGGGAGUGCAAGAUCCAAGGGGAGAAGUGCAUCAAACCCAUGAGCAGACUGGGGGCUUGGGGAGUUCUUCCUCUUCAGGCUCCUCCCCACAGCCCGAUCUGCUCCCAAAAAGCUGCUCCCAGAAGGCUGUGCCCUCCCAUGCAGCCCAGCACAGGGCAGAGCCAUGGCUUCAGCUGCAGCCCCACACGGGCUCGUGCAAAGUGCAAGUGGCACCCCCUGCUUGCUCCUCGGAUGGUGUCUCCAGGGCCAGCCGGGGUCUCUGUAAACCUUUAUAGAAAAUACAAGAUGACAUCUGGAAGCCAAUGGCAGCGAGGCUUUCAUUCCUCCUGUGAGCAGGGAGGAGCGCUGCCCUCUCUUAAAUUUCCCACAAAUGUUAUUGUCAAGCUCAAUGGAGAGGACAGAGCUGGUAAUUGGGUAACGGGGCUGUUGGAAGCUCUCCCUGCUCCAGCCCUCAGUCGCUGUAUGGAUUUCAGGAGGGCAAACACAAACUUGAGCCAUUCAGCAGCCCCAGAGCUGUUUGCAGCCCCACGUGCAGACCUCUUACAGAAGAGACCUGUUGUAAUCCGCAGCGUACAAAAGACCCAAACCACCAAGAACUGCUUCCAUGUGUGCCUUGGGGGACAAAGCCAAGCAGCCCUCUGGGCCUCCUGCUGAUGGGAGAAUCGCCCAAAGACGGCGGGGGGCCGGGCUGAGAAAUGAUGGGAGUUGUGCUAGCAAUAAUAACGAUAAACAAUCGGAAAUGCUUGAAAAUGCUUGGAAAAAAAGUCUGCUGUACUCACUCCUGCCAUCUCCAGCUUGGCUGAGUGUAGUGUUGACGUUGGAAGGUUGGGCUGGUCAGGGUGAGGUUGGCUGGAGAUGUGCAGGAGGAGUCCCACCUGCCUGGGCGAGAAGGGGACGCAGGGUGCAGCAACCCAACAUCCACACUGCAGCCCCUGGCGCUGGGAGGGGGCUGACGAUGGAGCCUGAUCUCUUAUAGGAGCGUGGCACAGCUGCCUGGCUGCCAUCCAUCUCCGCCCCACGUUGUGUCUAAACAUCUCCUCGCACACCUCCAACACGCAGCUCUGCCUCUCACCCCCACGGCACAGGGAGAUGCUCCUCCUCUCCUCCUCCUCGUCCCAUUCCCGUGCACUCACAGCCCCCGCCCCGUUAUGGAGGACGUGGCUCUGUCCCACAAUGGACAGCCUUCAAAGGAUCCCAACUCACAAGCAACCCCCCCCCCCCUCCCUGCCCCGAGCUGGCCCAUAAAUCACAGCAUUGUAAAAAUAAAACAGCUCUGUGCGUGCACGCACAUUUCAGGUUGCCUUUUAAAACCUGAACUUGUUUCUCACACGUUGGCAGAAGAACAGAGGGGAGUCGGAGUCAAAAGGCGAGCUCGAAAAAUAAACGCAUACUUCUCUCUCGCUGCUCGCGAAGGGCUCCCAUAGGAAAACAACGAGAACCGGGGCAGGAAGAGGCCCCCGAGGGGUCGGUGUGCCCUUUUCCCCAAGCAGCUGCUCCCUGCAGACAUGCUCGUGCCCAUGGCUGCGGGAUGGGGAUACCCAGUGGGCACCCGAUGGUCCCUUGGGUCCACUGCCCUCCUGAUUUUCCCAUUUCUCCCUUUUUUCCCUCAUUUCCCCAUUGCAGGGAUGCGGGGCUGCCCCGUCCGUGCCACAUGUGCACCACCCGAGGACGAGGCUGGAAGUUACGCUGUCUUAAGCCACAGUUUAACGUAAUUAGACAUCCUGGCUCGAGGGCAGUAAUUACUUUUAUAAUCCUUAAACAUAUUUUUAAAAAUAAUAAUAAUUGCCUCCCGAUUCAGUGCCUUUCAGAAAUCCUUUCAAACGGCACUGCCUUCUUCAAACAGAACUCAGCCAACAGGAAUUACUACGAAUUAUCCUACGUCCUUAGAAACAUAUACGUAGGAAUUAGUCGAUGGGCGCUAAGAGCCACCCGGCUGUUGUUGACCCCUCUGUGCCGAUCAGGUGCCGCCUGGCACUGUGGGCUCCGACACUGUAGGAUGGUAGAAUCCUUGAGAUUGGAAAAGACCAACCUUGAUAAUUGUCUUGUCCAACCGUUGGCCCACCACCACCAUGCCCAUGGGAGCCACCCCACGGCAGGGCUCCCAGCCACCGGGUGAUGGUGGUACAAGCGGGGCCGCCGCGUUUCAUCCCCAGCUGGGAUAAAUGAGGCGUAAUUCUGCGCCAGUCAAAGGAGAGGCUGUGAUUCACAGCAGCUGAGGAUCUGGCCAACAGUGUCAGCAUCACGACAAUAGCGUAAUGUUUUCAUUAUGCAUUGUUUUUUUUCCAAAUGCUUAAAAAAUUAUCUAGGAAUUACUCACACAUCCCGUAAUAGUUACCAGUCUGGGUGCUCAGGGAAGGGUUUUGGAGGCAGCGCACGGCUCAGCCGUCGGCGCUCUCGCUCCGUGCACAGCGCCCAUCACUUCUGCUCUCCUCCUCCCCGUGAACACAGAGCAGUAACCUCUCCCUGACAGUCUCCAGAUCCUCAAAAUUGCUCGCUUGGAAUUUUGGAGUAAAUAGAAAAUUGCUUUGCUCCUUUCUCUCAGGACAGCACAGAAAACAGAUCCAAACGCAAAAGCAAGCAGCACGGCUCUGGUAGACAUAGCCCGGGAAUGAAAUUCUGCUUUCUGCCCUGCCGCAGAGUGAAUGACCUUGGAACCAGGGGAAGGACUGGGGCCCACAACCUGGAGAAUGGACACAUGGGCACACACGACCCCACCGGUGGGAAUAGGGCAAAGGGAAGGGGCUCACAGCCCCAGGAUGGUGCUGGUGGGCUCUGCCCCACCUCCCUUCUUCCCUCCGCCUGGGGACACGUAACCUGCAGAGUGCCAGGCGUGUGCACAUGGGCACGGCGGUGUGCUGCAAAGCGCCGGCCGUUAUUGAGUUGUGUUUUAUUUCCCUGCUAACUGUUCAAUCCAAGCUUUGGGGAGCCAGCUUUCCCUGCAGAAAGCAGCGAAACAACGAGGGGAAAAAAAAAAAAAAAGGGAAAAGCAAAGCCCACCUGUUUCCUGUUUUUAUUUCCCCCACCCCCUGCCUUGCUUUAUUUUUUUAGCGUUCCCCAGUUAUUUGGUAGCUCCUGCAACUUGUCCAGAAAUACCUCUGCUGGCUCAGCGGCCUUUGGGAGCCCAGGAAUUUAAGGAGGGCCUAAGAAUUCCUAACCCAGCUUUAAACCCAUGCGCUGUGCGGUGCCCCCAUCCCCGCUCCCACCAGGGGAUGCUGCCCCGGGCUCUGCCUCUCCCAUUUGGCGCACACCUGCGGCUGCUCCUGCACAAAGCCCCCUCGUGCUGGAGGGCUGUGCAGCUGGGAGAGGUGAAGCCGUGGCUGCGUAUGGCUGCAGGACUGGGGGGGGAAGCUGCCAGCUGGGAGAUAGAGUUCAACCCAGUUUCCAUCGUGCCCUUCAGAUGGUGCCUCGGUGCCCAUUGCGCGCUGCCAGCGGCUCUUCUUUUGGAAGGGGAGAAAGAGCCAAAGUUCCCCACUGGAAAGAGUCGUGAGAAAGCGGUCGCAAUGGAAACCCACCCCUCAAAGCUGGCGUCACCUUCCUGCCCCGCGGCCCAAAAGAUGCUUUUGCGACGCCACGCUGCUCCCUAGGAACAGCGCGCAUCUCCGAUAUGAUCUGCACCGCUCUGCCUCACAAUAAACCAAUAUAUUUUAACUCUGACCCGCGAUGUUGCAAAGGAACCUUUUGAGUGAGGCUCUUUGGUGCAGUACAGAUACGUCAAGGCUGAUUGUUAUUGUACAUGUCAGCGCUGCUGAAGCGCGGGAUAAAGAAGGCCAUUGUGCACCCACGGAGGGACGGGGCGGAUGAUUAAUGACUGCUCCCCCGAUGCUCAAAGCAGAGAUGGAGGCAGGAUAAGGGCUCUGCUCCGGGAGGGGCCGUCACCAGAGGACAUCCGCCCCGCGUGGCCCCGGCGGGCGCUGGGCACAGCGGGGCACGGCCCCAAGGGCGAGCUGCCGCUCCUGCCUCCGGGCUCCGUCCUGAUCCCGGCUCUCCCCACGGAGAUCCCCCUGCGCCCUCUGUGCCCGGAGGCCAGCAGAGCACGGCUGAUUGCCCAUUGAAUGAGACGAAUGGCAGAAAAUCAGGGAAAUUACAAAUUGAUCUUUGCCUAACACACACGGCGACUUUGUUACCUAUUUCUUGAGCCUCCACGCAAAUACCUCCCAGACUAAUUCGAAGGCGUGCCAAAGUAAAUUACAUUUAGUUUGCCUUAAAUAAACAAUGACUCUUCCAGGAAAGGUUUGUCUCUUCUGGGCACUUGCAUCAUUUAUCAUUGCUCCACUGUUUUGAGUUGGCUGCCCUUUUAGGGUGAGAUGUCUCUUGGUUUUAGUGUGUGCGCAACCAUAGAAAGGACAAGGUCUUACCCCAAGAAAAAUGUACUGAGAAGAUGUCAUUAAAGCUAAUGAGAGUCCAGGCAGCUGCAGCUCAUUAGAGAUUGCCCGGGGCCAGUUGUAACUGAGACCUUUAAAUAUACAUCAUAGUCAAAUAAACAACAUCAUAUUCGA